UUUUUUUUAGUUCACCAUGGAAGAAAUUGCAAAAUAUUAUGUUACAGGAUUUUUUCCUAAAAUGUCAAAACAACAAAUCAAUUCAAAGUUUCUUUGGGUAGGUUAGAACAUGCUCAGAUUUGGAACAUCCACAAUAUGCUUCCACACUUCAAAUCUUGGAAGAUCCUGAGUAGCCUACCUUAAAUAGCCUACCUACAAACUCAAAAAAAAAAAAUCAUACAGUCUUAAAUUAAUGAUUCGUAAACAUAUUUCAUUCAAUAAAAACAUUAUCAAGACUAGUACAGUGGUCAACCAACCAUAUGUACUAAUAUUUAGCAGUGGUCUGAAUUGAGAUGGGUUGUCCUUCCAUAUCACAACAAGUAAAUUUCCGGUCUGGCAGCAUGCAUCCUCUGUUCAGUGAAGUUCUAACACAUAAAGAUUUGUCUAAAGCUGGAGAGUUAUUUACUAUUGAAGAUAAAGAUAUUCAACAUGAAUUAUCAGAGGUUGUAGAUAGAAUUUAUGAAAUUGCUGAUCAGAAAGGCUAUGAAGAAAGUGAUAAUGACCAAAGUGUUGUUGAAAUAUGUAUAACAAGAGUAACAACAGCCAUAAGGGAAACUUCAAGUAUAGAAGAACAUGCUAGAGCGUUAGUCAAGCUAUUAGAGAUGUGUCAUAGACAUAAACUAACUACCACUAUUAGAGAUGAAGAUCCGCCCCAUGCUAAAAUAGCCUCCGAUAUAAUGAGUUGUUUAUUUAUGCAUUACAAUAAGAAACCUGUGAUGAAAUUAGCCAUUCCAGCAGUUGUACAUUAUCUUGAUUGUGAUAAUAAAGAAUUAGGUAGAAAUGUCUCCAGUUAUCUGUCCUUGGCAGCCAUUGAUAAUGCAGAGUUAUUAGCUAAACAUAUGCCAAUACUAGUUAUGAGUGUAUUGAAAGGUAACUAUUUAUUGAGUAAUGUGUUACCACAGAUAUUUACUCAGAAUCCUGAUCCUGUUAUUCGCCAUAUUGAUUGUUUGGUAUCAACUCUUGAUAAAUGUGAAAUGGCUGAACAUGUUAGUCUGAUUCAAUUAUUUAGCUUGGUUGCCAAGCAACAAUCACAGGUUUUAGAAAAGCACUAUAUUAAAUUAUGUGAAUAUUUAACUAGUAAUAUGACAGCAUCAAUGGUUAUUUCUAUAUUUGUUGAUAUGGCAAAGAAGAAUCCGGCUUCAUUUACAGACAGACUGGAUGAUCUAAAACAAAUCUUGGUUAACCAUCCACCUUUAACAUACUUUGUUAUUCAAAUCAUCGGAUUUGUUGGAACUCUAAAUGAAGCAGAAGCUGAUCGAGCAUUGAAGUAUUUUAAUUCUAUGUUAAAAACCAGUGAAGAUUCAGCUUUACCAAUGAUACUACAAGAAAUGAGAGCUAUUGGGUUGACGCAUCCAGAGUUACUUUCUCCUUACAUGGAAGAGGUCAAUAAACUAUCUACUAAUGUAUCUAGUGCAGUCAGAAUACAUGUUCAGAGUAUGAAAGAAGACCAACAAAAGUAUUUAACAGAAAAGGAAAUGAUAUCAGUAUCAAGUCAAACAGAAGGAACAGUAACAGUAAUAACUGUAGGCAAUCCACCUAAUGCUUUACAUCCUAGUGGAACAGUAUCCAUUAAACCUACUACAGUACUCUCACAAAAUACAGCUGAUAGCGAUCUUAGUCUACCAAAAUCUAUCCUGACAAGUGAUUCAAGAUUAGCAUCAGAAAGAACUGGAAGUCCUACCUCUACCCUAGUUUCUGAACACCUAUCUAUAAAUAGUAAUUUAACAUCCCAGUACAAUAGUCAGAAUGAACCAGUACAUGAUGGUGUGUUACAUUUUUGUGAGAAACAUUUUACUACCAUACAGAAUUAUGUCGAAAAAAUUGGUGCUCGUCUUCCAUUACCAGCUAAAUGUAGUGUUGUUAAUGGGAAACAUAGACGUUAUGUUAAACUUCAUUUUCAAUGUGCUAGUCCUAAUGAACAUUGUCUAUAUGGUAAAUCUCAUUUUAUAUUAGAUACAUAUCAACCUCGUAUAUGGCUACAUCUAAUGUUUUUAUCUAUACAAGCUCAAUCAUCAUCAGCAUUAAGUCAAAGAGAUCUGAAUGUCAGUAAUUUAAAAGUCUGUUGGGAUGCAUUAAAAGGAGAAAGAUCUGGUGGAACCUUUUUAACUUUGAUCACGUCUGCUUUUCCCUCCAUGAAGGAUCAAGAAAUGUUACAACAAGAAUUACAUGAAGCUCGCUAUUUUGAUAUAUUUGAAUUUAAUGCGUUAAAUAAACAAUGGUGUUGUUUUAUGUGUAAUCAUCCAGAGAAAGUGACAGGUUUAUUACAGGAUGGUCUCCCUUUAAUAGCUGGUCAAUUAAAAGAAAAGAAAGGAAAAUGGAAAUUUUUAAAACGAUGGAAAACAAGAUAUUUCACUUUAUCUGGUGGACAGUUUACUUACAGUAAAAGUGACUUGCGGAAAGAGACAUUAUCAGUGAGUAAAAUACAGAGUGUAAAAGCUGUGAGGAAAGGAAUUCGUGAUAUUCCUAGAGCAUUUGAAAUUUUUACUGAUGAUCAGACUUAUGUAUUUAAAGCCAAAGGACAUCAAAAUGUGGAACAAUGGGUACAGUGUUUACAUAUAGCUGUGGCACAUUCACAAAAUACACAAAAUUCUGAUGUUUUAACAUCUAAUCAUCAGGAAAAUACUGUCACAGAACAACUCAAACCCGUUAUUACUGAUACUAAAUUAUAGUAUGAUAGUAGCAUCAUAAGGGAUAUAUAACUGUAUUUAUAUUUUAGUUGGCAUACAAUGAGUUUAAGAAAUUUGGCUGAGGAUAGCUUUUUUAAUCUGCUUUUUAUCAUUGUUUAAAUAUGUCAUCAAAUGUAAUUGACAAAAUGUUUUUGGGUGUGAAUGU